GCAUCCUCUCCCACCACUACGCGGUCGGAGCGCGUUUACUACGUGUUUUCUCGCAGGCAGCGGAAUGGUGGCGGUGUGGCGUACCAGCGCGAUGAAGGAGGUUUUGUGUGUGCUCGGCACCGCUCUUCUCAUCACCGAGUUCACCUCCGCAGACGAAGGUGCGAACGGGAGAAAAGAUCAGCAGUGUUAUAACUACGCCGGAGGACACGUCUAUCCUGGGGAGGCUUUCCGUGUGCCGGUGUCGGACCAUUCCCUGCACCUCAGCAAAGCCAAAAUUUCAAAGCCUGCGCCACACUGGGAAGGAACAGCUGUCAUUGGCGGUGAAUUUAAGGAGCUGAAAUUGUCAGACUACAAAGGCAAAUAUCUUGUUUUCUUCUUCUACCCCCUGGACUUCACAUUUGUCUGCCCCACCGAGAUCAUAGCAUUCAGCGAUCGUGUGCAAGAGUUUCGCGCCAUCAAUGCAGAGGUUGUCGCCUGCUCUGUUGACUCCCAGUUCACCCACCUGGCCUGGAUCAAUACACCCAGGAAGCAGGGGGGUCUUGGGCCAAUGAAAAUCCCACUUCUUUCAGACCUCACUCACCAGAUUGCUAAAGACUACGGAGUCUUUCUGGAAGACCAGGGACACACGCUUAGGGGGCUUUUCAUCAUUGACGACAGAGGUGUCUUGAGGCAGAUCACCAUGAACGACCUGCCAGUGGGAAGAUCUGUGGAUGAGACGCUUCGGCUGGUCCAAGCUUUUCAGUACACUGACAAGCAUGGUGAAGUUUGUCCAGCGGGAUGGAAGCCUGGAAGUGACACGAUUAUUCCAGACCCUUCAGGCAAGCUGAAGUAUUUUGAUAAGCUGAACUGAACUGUCUUCCUGUUUUACCAUCGUGUCUAAGCCAGUGCAAAGUUCAAAUAAAACCAAAAUUUUCGUAAGAUGUUG